AUGGCCUCUACCGAAGAGCUAGGUUCAUCCAUCUUCACACCUCAAUUCAUCGCCGAGCAAACAAGGGAGCUCCCAAUCUUAGCCACGACCAAGACUUGCUCUGGAGCAACCUACAUUGUGACAGGGGCUAAUGUCGGCCUCGGGUUUGAGACGGCUAAGCAUCUAGUCCAGCUUGGGGCUGCUAAAGUCAUUCUGGCUGUCCGUGAUGUUCAGGCAGGCGAAAAUGCCAAAGCAGAGAUUGAGAAAGAGACUGGAAAGAACAAUGUCUUAGAGGUCUGGGCAAUCGACCUGGCAAGCUUCGUCUCCAUUAAAGCAUUUGCAGCAAAAGCUCAGAGGAGUUUAGAGCGUAUUGAUGCCCUAGUUUGCAAUGCGGCUGUGGCGUUGGAGAAAUGGAGCACGGCUGAAGGCCAUGAGACGACUAUCACCGUCAACGUCCUGGGGACACUGCUCUUGGGCGUUCUCCUCGUCCCCAAGCUGGGGGAAAGUGGCCGAUGUUUCAAGUUUCUGGGGCAUCUCGUCUUCGUGUCAAGUGAGGCAAGCUGGACGGUGCAGCAACAAUUUGACAGAAUCAGGGAUAGUCCAUUGGCUAAACUUAACGAUGAGACAAUUCAAGGGAUGGAACAGAGAUAUCCACUUUCCAAACUCAUCCAGGUUUUCACGGUGCGCCAUCUGGCAGGCCUGCUCCCCCUUUCAAAGACCGGUGUGGUCAUAAAUUUCGUCAAUCCAGGUUUCUGCAAAACCGAUAUUGCCCGCAAUUAUACUGGAGAGUUUCGCUCGUUCGUCGACUCGGCUCAAGAGCAGUACGGUCGGACCGCCGAGAUGGGCAGCCGUCCCAUCUUGCACGCCAUAGUCGCGGGCAAGGAGAGCCACGGCCGAUAUCUAACUGGAUGCGAGAUUCGAGAUAACGAAGUUCCAGAUUGGGUUACAAACGAAGAUGGCAAACAAGCAGAGAAGCAUGUGUGGGAAGAUGUCUUCAAGGUGCUGAACGACGCUACCUCUGGCGCUCUUAGUAGCAUCCUCUGA